UGAAAGCAGACAGAGAGAGAGGCGGUGUAUUUCUUCCCCUCUUGGUCCCUCCUCUCCUCUACCAUAGUACUCCUCCUCACGCCGCGGUUGGUCUCUUCUCGCACCCCGAACAGGAUGACUCACAACAACCUUCACUUCACCCUCACCUUCAUUUAACCCAGCCGGUGUGUACCCACACACACACUCGUCCCAUUUCUACACCCAUUCCUCGCUGAAGCGGCGGCAGCGUGAUGCCCGACACGGCGACGGCCAAUGCUGCAUCCCCCGCGAGCAGCAGCGACAGCGAGAGCUCGCGGCACAGACACCGGGCGCAGGGAGACCCGGAGCGGCCAGAGCAGCAGCAGCACAGCGCUGCCCCGCAGCCCACAUCAGCGGGCAUUUUGGAUAAAUUAUUUGGGAAGCGGCUGCUGCAGGCUGGAAGACACAUCAUGUCCCAUAAAUCCUGGAUGAAGACGGUGCCCACAGAGAACUGUGAUGUCCUUAUGACAUUUCCAGACACCACAGAUGACCACACGCUGCUCUGGCUUCUGAACCACAUACGGCUCGGCGUCCCAGAGCUCAUUAUUCAGAUCCGACAUCACAAACACACCAGAAUGUACGCCUUCUUCGUCACGGCCACAUACGAAAAUCUUUUACGAGGGGCUGAAGAGAUGGGGCUGAAGAAAGCGGUGAAGCCGGAGUUUGGUGGCGGCUCUCGCAGUUUCUCCUGUGAGGAAGAUUACAUCUAUGAGAACAUUGAGAGUGAACUCUGUUUCUUCACCUCACAGGAACGUCAAAGCAUAAUCAAAUACUGGCUGGACAAUCUCAGAGCUAAACACGGGGAGGCCCUUCACAACAUCCACUUCCUGGAAGGACAGCCAAUCAUUCCUGAGCUGAGGGCGCGAGGUGUGAUCCAGCAAGUCUUCCCGCUUCAUGAGCAGAGGAUUCUGGGACAGCUGAUGAAGUCAUGGGUGCAGGCCGUGUGUGAAAAACAGCCACUGGAUGAUAUUUGUGAUUACUUUGGAGUGAAGAUUGCCAUGUACUUCGCCUGGCUGGGUUUCUACACCACUUCCAUGUUGUAUCCAGCCGUCAUUGGCUUUGUAUUGUGGAUGCUCACAGAAUCAGAUCAGACCAGCAGGGAUAUCUGUUGUGUGGUGUUUGCUCUCUUUAAUGUGGUGUGGGCCACCUUGUUCUUGGAGCGCUGGAAACGCAGAGGGGCGGAGCUCGCCUAUAAGUGGGGUACACUGGACACCCCAUCUGAGUCACUGGAGGAGCCCAGACCCCAGUUCAGGGGUGUAAAGCGCUGCAGCCCAGUGACGGGCUGUGAAGAGUUUUAUUACCCAUCGUGGAGGAGGAGGGUGUUCAGAUGGCUGGUCAGCGUUCCUGUCUGUAUAUUAUGCCUUUGCUUUGUAUUCCUGGCCAUGCUUGUCUGCUUUGAGCUUCAGGAAUUUGUGAUGGGGGUUAAGGAGCUUCCACGUGUAGCAAGAUUCAUCCCUAAAAUCAUGCUGGCCAUCACUGUGACGGCGUGCGAUGAGGUGUACAGAAAGAUCGCCUGCUGGCUAAAUGACAUGGAAAACUACAGACUCCAGAGUGCCUAUGAGAAAAAUCUCAUCAUCAAAAUGGUCCUGUUUCAGUUUGUCAACUCUUAUCUCAGCCUUUUCUAUAUUGGAUUCUACCUCAAAGACAUGGAGCGUCUGAAAGAGAUGCUGGCCACACUGCUGAUAAUCCGGCAGUUUGUGCAGAACAUGAAGGAAGUCCUGCAGCCCUACCUGGCCGAGCGGCACCGACUGGGGGAGCUCACGCUGAGGGCCGUUUGGGAGCUGCUGGUGUCUGCGCUGCUCAAGUACGGGCGGCUUGCAGCAGGACGAGCACAAGUGUGGCCCAGUGACCCCACCGUGAUGGGUGAGGAGAGACGGGAACGCAAGUGUCUGAACGGUGGCUGCGGCGUCCCGGAUGAGGAUGUGGACGAGGAGCCUGGGGAGAGGCACGGCGAAGAAGAUAACGAAUCGGAGAGCCUCAUGGACUGCGGCCUGAAGCUACGGAAGGUCAGUUUCAUUGAGCGUAAGUCUGCUAGCACCGUCAGCCCGGUGCACGACAGCUUCCUGGAGGAGGGGAGCCCCACCAUGAUGGAGAGGGGCAUGGAUCCCACCUCAGUUUUCGAGAUGUGUGAUGAUGAUGAUGAUGAUGAUGAAAACGGGGUUGCGGAGCAGACAGCCGAGCCGCUGCCAGCGGGAGUGGAGAACAACACGUCAGUCAGGCUCAGGAAGAGGGGGCGGGGCUUAGAGAGGGCUGACAGUAAGACCAAGAGAGAUUCGUGGAUGGAUCCUCCCGAGGAGCAGGAAACCAGCACCACGUUAACACAGGCCGAGAUGGAGAGCUGCAUGCAGACAUACCAGGACACUUUCCAGGACUACCAGGAGAUGUUUGUUCAGUUUGGAUAUGUGGUGCUCUUUUCCUCUGCCUUUCCAUUGGCCGCCAUGUGUGCCCUGAUUAACAAUAUCAUUGAGAUCCGGAGCGACGCGUUUAAACUGUGCACCAGCGCACAGAGACCGUUCAGCCUGAGGGUGGGGAGCAUCGGGCAAUGGCAGACAGUGAUGGAAGCCAUGGGUCUGGUUGCCAUCAUAGUGAACUGCUAUCUGAUUGGUCAGUGUGGGCAGCUACAGAGACUGUUUCCCUGGCUCAGUCCUGAGAUGGCCAUCAUCUCCAUCGUCAUCCUAGAGCACUUUGCAGUACUACUGAAGUAUAUAAUUCAUGUGGCAAUACCAGACAUCCCCAGCUGGGUUGGAGAGGAAAUGUCCAAGCUGGAAUUUCAGCGCAAAGAGGCGUUUAAGAAGCAUGAGCGUCAGGCACAGCAGCAUUUCCAGGAGCAGCAAAGGAGGAAGCGUGAGGAGGAGGAGCGUCAGCGUCAGGCGGAUUAUCAGGCCCGGCGUGAUCGAGACGACAGCCGCUCUGACUCCUCCGGUGGAGACCACCACCACGACAAGAGCCACAGUGGCAAAUCCAGACCAGGGGGUGGUGGGGAGAAACCCAAACGUCCCAGCUCACUUCUCGGAAACAAUAAUGUCAUGAAACUGAAGCAGAUCAUCCCUCUGCAGAACAAGUUUUCUUCUGGCACAGCUCGUUCCCCGCAGUCACCCACGGGUAACGAACCCAAGCUACCGGGUUUCCUCAGUUUUAAGUUCCUAAAGUCACCUGAGAACAAAAAGGAGGCAGCGGCGGCUUCGACCAGUGUGUCGACAGCUCCUCCAGUCCAGGAGAGGGCAGAAAGGUCCCAAUCCCCUAACAAGUCCUUCAAUCCUGGGAAACUGUUCAACUUUGGGAAAUCAGAAGGAGGGGCAUGUGUAAAUGGGGGUCAGUCUUCAAAACCAGGGGAUGGGGGACAGGUGCAGGACAAGCCCACAACAAAGUCGGACCUCAAUGGGGUCCCUGAAGAAAUCCCAUCCCCUUGUGGAGAGAAUGGGGAUAAUGGGUCCUCAUACGAUGCUGAUCCUUCAGGCCCUAAGAUGUAACAAGAAAAUGAUUUUAAAAACAGUGUGAGAAACUACUUAGUAACACUGAGGGCAGGAGAGUAGGAAUGUUUUGAGGCUGUGCACGACUUGACCUGGAAGCUGUUUAGUAAAAUAAUGGGGAAUUCACUAAAAGCCCGGGUGUACUUCAUUUUCCAACUGACAAUUUUGUUCACAACUGAUCUGACUUUUAUUUUUGGAGUAAUGAAAUCGCUUGCACAUGCACUGUUGUACACACACACAAGCCCAAGAAUUGGGCUGCAAGCGUACGGUGUGCAUGGCUAAUAAUGAAAAAUAGCGUCAUGUGGACUGUUCUCAAACCAGAGCAGAACACGGAGUUUAUUUUUGGAUUUAGAAUUCACUGGGUCCACAGAUUAACGUUGUGUAUUUGCACGUGUUGCGUGCUUUGUUUUAGCAUCGAGUUCACUGAAGUGAGCGUAUCUAGAGUACUAGAGGUCGACUGAUAAUGGAUUUUACAGAUAACGAUUUAGGUUGGACCACACUGGACGAUAACCAUCCACUAGUUUUUAAAAUGGACACUGAAGGGAAAAAAAACAUAACACUCCAGCCUGGUCUCACAGCAAUUUGUAAAUCUCACAAUGUGGCUAAUUCGUACAAAAUCAUAUGAACUUACACAUACAAAUUCUUGUGAUUUGUGAUAAAUUGUACGUAUUUGAUGAGUUGUACAAUUUGUAUGAGUUUGUACGAAUUACCUAUACCUAACCCGCCCCAAACCCUACUAGACAAAUCGUUCAAAAUCAUACUAAUAAAGCCGUAUGAAUUCAUAUGAAUUAGCCACCUCGUACAAUACUUAAUUAAAUACUUAACCAAUACUUGGUCGUGAGAUGACAGCAUUGAACACUCCAAUAAAAUUGUGCAGAUCUUUCUAAAAGAAAAAAAACACUGUACUGAACAAUGAAAAUAUACUGUACUUUUUAAAUUAUAUAUUAAAAAACAACGAUUUGGGUCAAAUAUAAUGUAGUUUAAUGGGAAAUCCCCUUUAUAAUUUGGAUUUAAAUGUGUUGUUUAUAUGUUGGCUGCAUGAACAUCAAUUUGAAUUCUUACUGUACGUCAGUAGCUUUAAAUAUGCAACUUUGCUGAAUAAAUAAUAAAUAAAAGUGACCGGAUAUAAACUAAUAGAAAUCGUGACAUUAAACAUUUGGGUCAGACAUUUCAUCACCAAAUAGUAAGCGCGUACUGUAUACGCACCGUCCAAUUUUUGCAGUCAUACGUACAAUGUCCCGGGCCGUUGUUUCACAGAAAAUGAAACUGAAGAGACAGAACAAUAACAACAACAACAACAAACUAUGAAGACUAUAACAACAAAACACCCGCACUGACAAGCGCUUGUGUGAGAGGGUUAUGACACAACCCUGGAAAAACGAUGGAUUUAUGCCAGUAACCGAUUAUUCCAGCAAUCGUGUAUCUAUGCCGAUUAAUCUGUAAAACAAUCAAUCAGUCGACCUCUAGUAGUGCUGAGGAUGCUUGCACCUUAUUCCCGAUAAACGCUGACAGAUAGCGAGCGAUAAAAUGUUUAAUUCUUUAAAAAUUAAAAAAAUUGCUUGCUCCUGGAAACGUACACAAACAUCCAUUUUAAAUACAAGUCCAUUUUCCGAAAGUGUUAAUCUAGCACGUUUUAUAAUGCAAUUCAUUUGCAUAUAAAGUAAGAUGACAAGAACGUUUGCGUAGUUUAAAUACGCAUGGCGCAGUGCAAUAUCGGCGCAUAUAACACCUGGCUUAAUUGGAUUGCAGCUGGUAAAUGAUGCAUGGUUUCGCGCGCGGAAAUGAUACACAUUACAGUGGUGCCACUGUUUAGUGAAUUCACCCCAUAUUGGUCAAUGUUUUGGCUAUAUUUCAGAAAAGACCCCCCCCCACCCCCCACACACACAAACACUUAUACACACACACAUUGCCUUUUCUGCAAUCCAAUUAGGAAUACAUGAGCUGCAUUUCUGACGGCUUUUAAAGGGCAAUGUUUAAUUACUAGUCUGAUAAUUGUAACAUUUUAUUGGGUUGCCGAAAAAAAAAAAAAAAAAAUUACCAAACAAUUUAUACCAGUCACACAGUACGACCAUCAAAAUACCAUAACAACUAUAAUCUCACAAGCAGCAGUUCCAAAUAUGGUUAAUGAAAACUUUUGUAUGUGUUUAAAACAGCUGGUUUAGUAGAGCAAUAGCAACUUUACAAGCAAAAACUACUGGUGAUUUAGUAAGUCCAUGCUGAAUAAAAGGCUCCAAAUGGCAAUAUUCUCUUAUGAAUUCAUAAGUGGAAAUCAAUAAUGAAAACUGCAAUGAAACAAACGCAAAGAGGUGUGUGAUGUUGAUUAUUUAUUUGUCUGAAAUUCAUUUAUCCGUUACACACUUUUGUGAAGCGCUGUACACAAAGGCAGCAGGAGGGGCAGGAUAGAUAGUCUUCUCCUGAAGUUGAUGGUCAUUGUGUUUGCAUUGCCACCAAUAACCAUAUCAUGGCUCUGAAACUUCAAGCUGAUAUAUUACAUACGGCCUUUAACCCUUUGUAUCUGCAUCACAUCAGAUUGGAAACUACCCUAAACUUAGCAAGAUAGUGUAUAAACCACAGGAAAACAGAUGAAGAGACAUUUCAUACUUCUCCAGUCAAACAUUUGGACAUACUGACAAACUUUGUCAUAAAAAAAGGCUUCUGCUUUAAUACUUCAAAUAAGUUUUGCAGACAUUUUUAUUUACAUAUUUUUAUUAUUAUAUUUUUCUAUAUAAAACUAACAUUUUUUAUAAAAACAAGAAAAAAGCUUACUUUGAAGGAGCUUAAAUAUAAGAUCAUUUUGUUAACAUUUUUGGUUGUUAUUGGUAAUUAUAAUGUAUUAUGUAUAUAAAUUUUACAUAUAUUUCAGGUAUUUCCAUUUGUAUUUUUUCUUAUUAUUUACACUUUUCAAAUGUGUUUCCAAACUGUUGACUGGUAGCAUAUGAUAUUAAUUAUGAUAAUGAUUUAAUAGUUAAAUAUUAAUGAGUCAUUAUCCUGCAAGCCAAUGUAAACAGCCUCAUUACAUAUGAAAAUGCUGAAUUUUAUUUGUAUUAAUGCACUACUGAAAUAAUCCAGUCACUACUAUUAAUCUACUUGUUGCCAACUUUAAUUUAUUCAUCCCUACCUAAUACCAAGUUUUUUUUUUUUUACUGAAGCAAAAUUAAUAUUUGCCUCCUCUUUGCACAUUAUUUUAGUGUACGUAUUGUGUUUGUGUACAGCUGCUAAGCACGUGCUUGGGAUUGUAAAUGUGAAGGAAGCCGUAAAUGUCUCUGUCUUUAGAGGCUGUUUUUUGUAUUUGUGUUUUUCAUAGAAAGUUUGUCCUGAGCAACUAUGGGAGGGUCUUAUCUUAACACAAUGUGCUCAGUUGUUGCUAUCAAAACCCAUUACAGAAGCCAGAGUGUCACAGUCACACCCUAUAAAGGGUUUCUAUGAAGCAUUCGAAUCAGUGUAAAGCUGUUUAUAUUCCAGUGUAAGGUCAUGAAGGAACGAGAGGUGCCUCGAGUGAUCGAUUAUUACAUUUUUACUUCUAGCUUUCAUAGAAAACAAAACAAACUAUGCAUUUAGCUCUUUAUUUGCUUGACAUGAUUUGCACAACAGAAGUUGUUGCAUUAAUAUUUUGGCCUGAAUGGUAAUUUGAAUCUGUUUUAUGUUCUGAAUUUGUUUAGUACAUGUUUACCAAGACAUUAAUUAUGGUUAUAUGCCAGUUUUCAGUUGUUGUUGAUUUUGUUUUUAAAUUUCAUUGAAAAUUCAUGCAUUACUACAACAAUAUACUUCCUUUUGGUCUAAAAUAUUUUUUAACCAAAUAUGAAUUGGUUUUCUCAAAACAACUGAAACUAAAAGAUUUUAUUAUAUUCUUAUAUACAAUAUGCAUUGCAUCGCAUAUGCAAAAAUUGGAUUUGGUUAUAACAUUGCAGCAUUUAUAAUCUAGGAAGGAAGUAUCUGUCACCUAAAACAGUAUUUUGUUUUCUUCACUCUUUUAUUUGGUCUGAUAUUCCUUUGAUAGAGUAACUCAGGUCCACCGAUUGAUGGACUGUAAGAAUGUUUUUAAUUAUAGAUGAGUAGAAAAAGUCAAUAGUUGGUGAGGAAUUGGAAGUAAGAGGCAUUUUUCGGUUGAACUGAACUCCGUGAACCGUGAGGCUGCUGCAGUGUUUCAGUAUCUGUCCACAUCAUCUCAGAUCAUCUGCUCUGGCCUCAUAACAUUCAUGUUUCUGUUAAUGUUUAAUUGAAUGAUUUGAGUAGUUAAGCUACCAAUAGCUGCAAGUAUAAUGAGGCUGCACUGGGUUGUUAUCGAAGAACUGGAAAACUUGAGAAGAAACUUUACAUUGGGUUGAACUGUGAAAUAUGAAGUGAUUGUGAUGAGGCAACCUCACAAACCUAUCAUGAGCUCUUCCAAUGUUCCACUGUAAAACUGUUCUUUAUUAAAAAAUAAAAAACAACAUUAGGGAAUGGGAUUAUUUAUUUAUUUUAUUUUGUCAUAUUUUUGUAAAAUUUGAAAUGGGAUAAUAAACAGAUUUAAUUUUAUUGUU